GGAAGUCUCGCGAGAUCUGUCUCAGUCGGCGGUUGCUAGGAGAUCGAGGACGCAGCACCGAAGCUGUAACCAUGGAGAUGGCACUCCCAGAUGAAAAGACUCAGCAUCCCGUGCCGGUACAGAUCACGGUUCUCAGAGCACACUAUCUGAAAGGAGUAAAAAGUGACUUUCCAGUAACGUACGUAAGGUCAGAGUUUAAUAAUGUCCUUCUCGGGGAUUCUCCAAAACUUGAAUCAUCGGUGGAAAAAUCAACGGAAUAUAACUUCACCUCCAGCUUCGACGUUGGACCUGAUGGCCCUCACAGCGUGGAUGAUGUGGCCUAUAAACCUGUUGUCUUAACCGUGUUGGAGAUCUUGCCCAAAGAGAAGAAACAGAAAGAAGAGAAGACUGUGGUUUUGGGGCAAACAACUGUGAAUUUACUCCCAUUGCUAAAAGGUGAAUGUAAUGUGAAGGUCACUCUCCCUAUUCACGCUGUGCCCGGCUCACCUCUGGAAACUGCUCGCCCAGAAAGCAAGCCAAGUUUAGAGGUGGCAGUGUCCAUCCCUGAGCCUCUCCUCUCCCAGGAGCAGAUAAAUAAGGGUAAUCUGCUGACGGUAUCCGUGGAAGGUGCUUAUUCUGUCCCUGAAUCCUGGAACUCCACAGGGCCUCAGUACAACUAUGUGGCCAGCCUUCACAUCCCUGCAGCAGGAGAGAAGCCACGUACACUCCUGUUCUCUAACGGAGUUCUGAAGCCUGGCGGAGAAAUGGAGACUGUUCCCCGUCCGAAAAAAUGGCCUGUGAGUGGAAUUAUGGCGACAGAGGCUCAGUAUCUCCCAGAAUCCUUUGUUCCAUCCAGCUCAUAUGAAGCGGAAGAUGGAGAACUUAACCGGAAGGAGGACAAGGAGUUCCGGAGAGACGCUGAGACCAAUAGAAAAAGACUAAUGUGGGACAUGGACAGACGUUGUUACCUUGAACCAUCAGCACUGAGCAGCCUUCAGAUGCGCAUAGCCGAAUGCCGCUAUUGGCCUGUGGAAAUAAUGAGACUUCCUAUUGCCAGCACCUCCAAGGCAAAAACAGGCAAAGCCGACAAAGGUGAAGAGGAUUUUCAGGUCUCUUUCCAUGGGGUGGCUUUCGUAAACAUGGUUCCUCUGCUGUAUCCUGGCAUUAAAUCGCUUCGAGGUGCGUUCCGCGUCUUUCCUUACGCAGAGACCGAAGUAUUUGAUAAGACAAAGUCUCAGGUCAGCGUUCUUCGUGACGUUGUACGGCAAUCAGCUUUGAUAAAUAAGCCUGCUGCUCCUCAAGCGAACAUCGGCUCUCCCCAUGUUCGGCAGGUACCUAGUCGCACCUUGAAAGACGAGAAAGGUCCAAAGGAAGCCGGCAGAAGGAUGUCCGCUCUGUUAAAGGCAACAGAUUUUACAGGAGAUGGAGAUGGGGUUCUUCCUGUCCUGCCACAAAAUGCCUCUCAAAACCUGGAAGGGCAGCAAUACACAGAGGCAGGCACAUACAUUUUGCUGGAACUGAGUCUGGAGAAAGCUAUGGUGCCGAAGCGUUCAUCAGAAGAGCUGGAUAUUAAAGUAAAGGAACUGCUUCCUCCACGGCCCCAGCUCCCGCGACGGACAAUGGGAGCACAGAAGGCAGUCGCAGAUUAUCAGAAUCAGAUCACCAGCAUUACCAACUCAUUACUUGAGGAGUACUGGCAGCUGUUUGGGCAGCAGGUGGAGAAUGGACAAGAGAUAGAUAGACAGACCUUGGAUGAACAAAAAAGCCAACUCAACUAUGAGCUGAAUUGCUCUGGGAAAUACUUUGCAUUUAAAGAACAACUUAAGCAUGCGGUUGUGAAGAUUGUGAGGGAGAAAUACCUGAGGACUACAGCUUUUGAAGAUCCCGAGCAGCUGCAGACAUUCCUGAGUGAGCUGUACAUCUAUCUGGUGGAUCAGAUGCACAUCACCCUAAAUAAGACUUUGUUUGAGGGCAGAGAAGAUCCCCCACCUCCUCCUAUGAGCGACCCUGAACAACUGUACCGCUUUGCCCGGGAAGCAGAGCUCAAUGAAGAUUUUACGCUGGCUGAGCUUUACUACCAGGAGAGACUGGCUCGUGACAGUCAGAGCGUUGGUCACUGGCUGGAUUAUGGCAAAUUUAAACUCCUGAUUGGUGACCAUAUUAAGGCCCAGGAAUGUUUCCACGAGGCACUGGUUAGAGACAGGAACCACCUUCACAGCUUGUUACUCUGUGGCAUAAUGGCAGUUCUGAAUGGUAAAUAUGAUGAUGCUGAAGUUUUCUUUGAAGACGCUACCUGUGUGGAUCCUACAAGUACCUUAGCUCGGACAAUGUUAGGGCUGUUUUAUGAAAUCCAAGGCAAUGAUAUCCGGAUGGAAAUGGCUUUCUCCGAUGCUAACAAACUGUGCCAACCCAAGGAAGCGAGCGAAAGACCGUCACCUGCAACAGACACUAUAGACCCUGAUAAUGCGCCAGUAGCAGAGGAGGAAACCAGCGAGAAAGGAGCAUCUGCCAGCGUCAGCACAGACAGCAUCCUAGCACCUGAAGCCCGCAGUAUUUUCAUGGAACUGGCACAAUUCCUGGCACAGGCUAAUGCCACGCAGUUUGUACACAGGGCCCUGGCUCAUGAGUUACUCUGUCCGGAUGGAGACCGGAGCUGCAAAUACCGCCUGCUGCGAGCUCAGAUGCAUCUUCAAAGAAAGGAGGUUGAAGAAGCCAAAGAAAACCUUGAUGCGGCAUUGCAGGUUGACUACCAGUGCCCAGAUGUCUGGGCUUUCCUUGGACACCUGCACAUCCAGACAGGUAACAGGAGCGAUGCUCGGGACUGCUACGAACACACGCUGAACCUGGUAGAUGAUGCGUCAGAGAUGCACCCGGUCUUUCUGCGUCUGGGAUCCAUUUAUCUGGAGGAAGGAGAGUAUGAAAAAGCUAAGAACACGUACCUGAUGGCCUGUAAACGAUCCCCUACAUGCCUUAGUUGGCUGGGAGUUGGCAUUGCGUGCUAUAGGCUGGAUGAGAUGGAGGAGGCGGAAGGUGCUCUGUCUGAAGCCAACGUUCUCAAUAAUCACAACCCCGAGGUUUGGGGAUACCUUGCACUUAUCUGCUUGAAGACCGGGAAACAGCAGGAGGCAGAGCAAUGCUACAAAUACACCUCAAAGCUAAACUUACAGAAUACAUCGCUGCUCGCAGAGAUCCGCCAGUUACAGCAGCAGGUUGGCGUUGGAGAUCCAUCUUUCUGACACCAUUCUUCCUGUGUACCAUGGGACAGUGCCAGGACUGUAACAAAUACAUGACGCAGUGACUGCUACAGAGAUAUCCAAACAGCAGUGUCCAUCUUAAAGUGCUUCCACGCUGAAUGUAUGACCUAGCUAAUAAACCUUCCACAUGUACAGCUCAGUGCCAGUAUAUGCCAUCAUUCAAUCUGUGGGUUAAUAACCCUAUCCUAACAAUCAAAUAUUUGAUCAAUUAGUAGUUAUUUUAUUUACCAUCAGCAGAGCUUUCAACACACAAAUGGUUUGUAACAGAUAUGCCAUGGUCCUACAUUGGAAGAAAUGAAUUGCCAUAUCCACCAUAUUGAGUAAAGGUGCAUCACAUCCACCAUAGUGAUGCACCACACAGGGCUAUCAGAUCCAUUGUGACAUCCUGGACAUCCUGGACACAUAUCACAUCUUGAUGGACAGCGUGUGAAAAGUACUGUCUUUCAGUAUGGAGAAUUUAUACUGGGCAGGAAACAAAUCAACUUGUUAAUCAAGAAACGGACUUCAUCAGCCUAUAGAUUUCCUUCCUGUAGCCUAUAGAAGAUAUAUAUAGAUAUAUGGAUAUUUCAGGGUAGCAUUUUCCACCAGCAUGAAGUAGUGAUAUGUCCAGGAAAACGUGGAUCUUGCAAAUCCAGUAUGACGUCAUGUGACAGUACAAUAUACGCCAUCUCCAGAUAUUUGUAUGUGUUAAAUAAGCUCCUGUAAGUUAAACUGUGCAUUUAUUACACAAGAACAAUAAAUAAUUAUUUUACUGAUAA